UGUCCUAUUGCAGGCCUUGAAAUUUCCACUCGCCUGCUUGCCAAUGGUGAGUGGAAAUUAUGGUGGGGGCAAGUGUGUCCCCCAGGGCCGUCUUGCUGAGCAGGCUCGGAGCUCAGGCCGGAUCUGUCAUUGGCACUGGGAGCCGUCAGACUGCUCAAUAGCUGAGCGCAGUGAAAGCAAAGCAAGGAGUGUGUGCUGUGCUCUCUGCCUCCCCCUAGAGUGCAGUACCCGGCUCUGUGAGUGAACAACGAAGUACUGCAACUUUUUAUAGGGCUGUGUGUGUGUCGUGCGUGUGUGUGUGUGUAUGCAUGUACAUGUGUCUGUGUGUAUGUGCAUGUGUCUGCGUGUGUGUACAUGUGUCUGUGUGUGUGUGCAUGUACAUGUGUGUUUGUGUGUAUGUACGUACAUGUGUGUGUAUGUACAU